AUGAUGAGCUCCUCCAGUAAGCAGCAAGAAGGGCCCAAGCUCUUCAGCUCGAGGAUCCUCUCAAGGGAUCGCUCGAGCGUGGCCAACGCGUCCUUCAGGGUAUACUACAGCCUCGGCGCCGGCACCGUGCCGUUCCUGUGGGAGUCCAAGCCAGGCACGCCCAAGAGCUCCGUCACCCCGGCCUCGUCUGCCGCCGCCAGGACCGUGCCGCCGAUCUCGCCGCCGCCGUCCUACCAGCAGUCGGUGUCCCAGUCCAAGGCUAAGAAGUUGAGGAAGAGGUCAGCCUCUUGGCCUCCCGGAGGUUGGAUCAUCGGCUGGCUGAACCUGAACAUCAGGAGGCGGUCACCGCCGUCAUCGCCAACGGAUCACCAGCAGCAGCAACGCUGCCUUGCCGUGGACCAUGGCGGCGACGAGCGGCGGUCGCGGCGUUCCACCUUUUGCUUCUGA